UGGCGGUCGGGUAGACCUGCAAAAGGACACGUAAAAUAUUUUUUCUCUUUAACAGGUUUAGUAUACCAUUGAACUAAGAUUCAUGGCUGACGAGGACGCCAAAAGACCUGUCCUACACGUAGUCGUAGUUGGCUUUCACCAUCAAAGGGGAUCGGAGGUUGAGUAUUCAUUGCCACCUCUAAUCCAAGGAGAAGGCAACAAGAGUAGCAAGAUACCUGUGGAAUGGAAAACUUUACCUUUUAUGGCCAUGCCAGAUGGCGCACACAACCAUGAUUCAGAAACAACAUACUUUCAUUUACCAAGCCUUAUAAAAACACCCAACAGUUGCAAGCAAAAUACCUUGUUUUGUGUCUCUUGCUGCAGGAAAAUUGAAACAAAGGAAUUAAAGAACAAGACAGAAGACAUCACAAGACAUACUGUCCAAAAAAGUGUCUGUGUUAUAUCUAAGUUUCCACUAUAUGGUUACAUUCAGGCCAAACUAGAAGUAGCAACUAAAGUAUAUUUUGAAGAGAGAGAUUUCUCCCAAGUUGCAAUUCUAGAAGAAUUGUAUAAAAAUUUAAAUUCAUCAUUAUCACCUGAAAUAAUGACUGAUUCUCUCCUUCACGUGGGUUUAUCACCUUUGCAACUCAUCAUCCAGUUUAGGCAAAGAGUUUUAAUGCUUUUUAAACUUCUCCUUCUUGAAAAGAAAGUAAUAUUUUAUGGUUAUCACGUCAUGAAUGCCUGUUCUCAAGUCCUGUCAUUAGUUUCUUUGUUACCAAGGGUAUUAGUGAAUGGUCUAGGUCAAGCUGCAUUAACAGAACAGAGUAACUACUGCUAUCAAGACCAUGAAUCUGACCCUUUGUAUCCGGCACAUUUGAAUGAUAAUCAACUCAACACAGACCAGUAUGGGUUUCCUUUAGCUAUAUUUACCAAGAACUCUGUAUUCCAUCCAUAUCUGUCGUUGCAACAAAUGGAUGUCCUAAAGGACCCUAAAGUUGACAGCUUUGUUGUUGUAGUGUCGAAUGCCUUAUACCGGCAACAGAGGCCAAUAUGUGACGUAAUGGUUGAUCUCGAAUCUGGUACCAUAGAGGUUCACCAACAAGAUUUACAAGAUGUUUUGGCACUAUCAACAGCUGAUUUAAGAUUUACAGAUUACAUAGUACAACAUGUUACAGGCCAUGAUGAGAAUGAAACGAGUGAAACAGGAUGGGACGGGAGUGAAGAAUGGAUAAGAAUGCAGUUCAAGGUUUAUCUUCUGUCGUUGUUAUCUACUGUCAGUCGUUCAGAUGAAGAGGAAAUGGAAAAUUUUAACAGCGGCUUUAUAUCUUGCUGGAAGAAAACACAUAAUUACGCCAUUUGGAAUGACAAAAAGCAUGUCGGGAUUGAUGAAUUGCGUUCUGGGCAUCCAUUCCAAGGUCAAGUUGGAUUGAACGACCUUAAGAUCAGGCUAUCUUACGCAUAUCAUGACGUCGCGGCAAAGAGUAUGCAAACCGAGCAAGGACGUAAACUAGGACAAGCAGUAGCGCAAACAGGAAGGGCCGUGGGAGGUGCAUUCAGUACCGCAAGGUCCUUCGUUACAUCUUGGUUAUCCGAUAUUGCCAAAGACCAAAAACAAAUACAAGAACAGCCAUCAGACAGCGACCAAUCAGCAGAAACACGUGACGUGUGUGAAACUCGAGAUGACGUAACACGUGACCUGACGAGCACUGAAGAUAAAGAAUCACCUGGUUCGACGGUUAUCCAUGAUAAAGUGUCAGAUGGUAACCAGAGUGAGGGAUCACGGGACUUAAAAGACACCUAUGAUGAGAGGACACGUGACUUAUCAGAUACGCAAGGUACUGAGUCAGGAGACACUCGGGUAGCAGAAACCGGUAUUAAAGAUCACGUAGAUUAACAAAUACCUACGAGGACGUAUGAAGAAGCACAUUGGCUGGAUAGACAUGCUGUAGAGCUUCCUGUCAUCUUCUACCGACCACCUUGAAUGACUAGCCGCGUGGUUUAAAGACAAAUUUAAUAGUCCAUCUCCAAGUAGUGGAGCGUGUUUGUAGGUAAAAUGGACUUUGGUGUUAAGCGUAAGGCGUAAAGCAAUAGCAAGAAAUGUUUUAAGCCUAUUUUUAUAUAGAUAUAUAUGUAUAUAAUAUAUAUAAAAUAUAAAACUUGGUUUAAUAACCGCUAAGACUAGAAUAAACCUCAAAGAGGGCGCUUUGGCGUGCAGUCGUAGUAUUGAGCGACAGGGCAGAAAAACGGGUUCUACUUUCGACGUUUAUGCGUUAAUAAGCUUUAUAUUUCAUAAACAGGCUCUUUUGGGGCUGAUUAACAAAAUACCAAAAUUUGGGGAAAUUUAAGGGGUGGGUAUUUGAUAUAACGCCCUGAACGUUGGGAGAGAUAUUUUGUUCAGCACAAAAACUCAACAUUUUCGCUAAUAACUCGCAGUAGAAUUGCUCGAGGUUAGCAGAUUUUUGUGAAAAUUUUACAAGAGACACGAAUGAAACACUAAACGUUUUUUAGCAUGAAUGAAAGAAAAAAAUGGCGAAAGUAGCAGCCUUGUCGUUUUUCUGCUCUGUCGUAUUGAGCAGUUUUCACAUGUCUGUGAAAAGCUCAGUGCUGUAAGCGUGCCGUGACCGUGAUGAUUUCUAGAAUUUUAAUUGGCUGAUGUUUUUUCUCGCGCAAUGUGAUUGGGUGCCGUGACCUUAGCGUGACCGUGCCCACGCCGUGUUUAUGCUGUGUUCCGGGUAUUUGAUUGGAUAGAGGGUUAAUUCUCGAGCUAUGUGAUUGGUCUUGCGUAUGCCUUGCCGUGUCACAAGUAUGUGUUAGAGCCGCGAGCUUUUCAAAGUCAAACGAAACUACAGAGCGUUUUCACCCACGUGAGAAGGCAGCCAUAAACAAUAGAACAUUCUGCCCAGCAUAARAAUAGAGUUCAAUUCCCGGAGGAUAGAAAAUGUAUUGUUUUGGUACCCCAUAGUGGCCGCUGUGACGUCACGUGAAAACGCUCUACCAUAAGCCGGUACUAUUUUUCACAAAAUGUGUUUUCUCUUUUCGAUAAUUUCCUAUUGUCAAAUAUUCUUUUAAGUUUCCACAAGGAAAUAUUUUUUCACGCCGAACGCCCUUAAACUACACUUGAAACCUGAAACAAAGAAAACCAUGAAAAAAGGAAUAAAAAGAACCAUGAAUUGCAUAAGAACAUUCCAUAGCAAGAAUAUCAGGUGUGUGCUUGUACAACAUUGAAAUAGAGUGGAGGCAUUUAACCCGUGAAAUAAAAAAUACUUGUCAACGUGUAAUAGUCAAAUGAACACAAGAGAAAACAAUGGGAUAAAGUUCAACUAAUGCGUAUUAGUCUAGUAUCUGUUGCACGGAUUUAAUGACUUCACUCUAUUAUGAAUUAUAUAAAAGAACAUUUCAUAGCAAGAAUAUAAUGUAGAUCAUUUUAAAACAAAGUCAACGUAAAAUAUAAAAAAAGCGAAUCCAAA